AUUGCCAAAGAAGUGGGAGACAAGGCUGGAGAAGGAAAGAGUUAUGGAAAUCUUGGCAAUUAUUAUCAUAGUCUAGGACAGUCCAAAACAGCCAUCGAGUACCAUAAACGUCACCUAGAAAUUUCCAAAGAAGUGGGAGACAAGGCCGUCAAAGGAAAGAUUUAUGGAAAUCUUGGCAGUGCUUAUCAUCGUUUAGGACAGUUCAAAAGAGCCUUCGACUACCACAAACGUCGCCUAGAAAUUGCCAAAGAGGUGGGAAACAAGGCUGAAGAAGGAAAGAGUUAUGGAAGUCUUGGCAAAGUUUAUCAUGUUCUAGGACAGUUUAAAACAGCCAUCGAGUACCAUAUACGUGACCUAGAAAUUUCCAAAGAAGUGGGAGACAAGGCUGGAGAAGGAAAGAGUUAUGCAAGUCUUGGCAAUGCUUAUCAUGGUCUAGGACAGUUUAAAACAGCCAUCGAGUACCAUAAAGAUUACCUAGAAAUUGCCAAAAAAGUGGGAGACAAGGCUGGAGAAGGAUGGAGUUAUGCAAAUCUUGGCAAUGUUUAUCAUAGUCUAGGACAGUUUAAAACAGCCAUCGAGUACCAUAAACGUCACCUAGAAAUUGCCAAAGAAGUGGGAGACAGGGCUGGAGAAGGAAAAAGUUAUGCAAAUCUUGGCGAUGCCUAUUAUCGUCUACGACAGUUCAUAACAGCCAUCGAGUACCAUAGAAGCGCUCUAGAAAUUUCCAAAGAAGAAGGGCAACUGCUUGAGAUGGCCGUGAGUCAAUGUUGUCUUGCUCUCAUUUAUGAAGAGCAGGGAUGUCUCCAAUUGGCCCUGGACUAUUUUGUUUCCAGUUGGGAGGUUUUUAAUGAGCUUCGGGCUAGAUUUCUGAAUCACGAUGCAUGGAAGAUUUCAUUCCGAAAUGUCUACCAAACAGCAUACACGGGUAUUUGGCGCGUUCUUUUUAGACGGGGUGAGGAUGUCAAAGCUCUUCUUGCUGCCGAGGAGGGACGCGCACAAGCUCUAGUAGAUUUGAUGGAUGUAAGGUAUAACUUUGUACAAGCCUACGCUCGGUUGAGCUCUGGAAAACGCUCUGAUUCCCUCUCACUAAAAAGCAUUUUAUCAGAUGCAGUUUUUCUAGCAAUAACCGGACCUUACAUUGUUUCGUGGGUAAUUCGGAAUGGGAAAGUCGUCGGAUCGAGAAUGAAGCAUGUGAACAACUUUGUUUACCGGGAUGAAUUAGAAUUCUACAUCACCUCUCUGAAUAAGGCUACUCGCAUAGAAGCCAAUGUAAGGGCCACUGUUCAAUGGGAAAUAAGUUUACCUGAAGUGGGCCGAGAUGGAAAAGGAACGAACGAUGACUCCUUGCGAAACUCGAUGACAAAUGCCCUGAGGAAGCUCCAUGAUAUCAUAGUUACUCCUAUCGCUGAUUUGGUGGAAGGGGAUGAGAUUGUAUUUGUUCCUGAAGGUCCACUCUGCUUGGUGCCUUACGCUGCAUUGGUGGAUUCGAAUUCAAGGUAUCUGUGCGAAUCUUUCAGGAUUCGAGUGCUCCCAUCCUUAUCCUUUUUAAAAUCAAUCACUGACUGCCCGAAAGAAUUUCAUGUUAAAACCGGUGCGCUGCUCGUGGGGGAUCCGUGUUACAAACAAGUUACUCAUCAGGAGAAAUUGCUGAGUCAACUUCCGGGUGCAAGGAAAGAGGUGAAGAUGAUUGGAGAAAUCAUCGGCAUUGCUCCUCUUAUUGGAGAGGAGGCGACAAAGUACGAGGUAUUAAGGCGAAUGUCCUCAGUUGCCCUAAUUCACAUUGCAGCACAUGGUAAAAAAGAAACAGGAGAAAUUGAGANNNNUUUUUAUUAUAUUCAGUUUUGGAAAUUUAUACUGAUGAAAAUCAGAUGA